GAGCGCGCAAGAGUGUGAGGAGCAGUAGUCCACGCGCGCACGAACAGUUGAUGUGUUAUCGCGUCGCACGCUCGUCGCCGUCGUCGACCGUCGUGCGUCCAACAAGUUCGUAAUCGCAUUUGCCCCUCGUGUGAUCGCCUUUCUCGUUUCCGUGCCGAGCUGUGCGAUGAGCGGCAGCAGAAUCAGCAACAACGAGAAUAGAGGACGAAAUGGCCACGUGCUGGUGUGGGAACAACCCGGACUCGAUGAGGAGGAGCGAACUGCGCGAAAAAGAAAAGCUCGGCUGGGGAAACGUCACCUAGUGACGUUCAUGAUAUUCCUCGGUAUGGCGAAUGCGUAUGUGAUGAGAACCAACAUGUCUGUGGCCAUCGUUGCGAUGGUUAAUCACACAGCCAUCAAAGGAACUGAAGAGUUCGUACAAACCUUGGAACGUGAAAAUGAGUGCGGAGUGCCUAUCACCAACGAGACCGAAGCUGCUCAACGUAGCGCUGAUGGACCAUUCGCAUGGACCAACAAGGAGCAGGGCUAUCUGUUGAGUUCAUUCUUUUGGGGCUAUGUUAUCACACAGAUACCGUUCGGUAUACUCGCUAAACGCUACGGCGCCAAAUACUUCCUCGGUAUCGGCAUGCUGAUCAAUUCGGUCUUUGGUCUGCUGGUCCCCGUGUCCGCAUACUGGGGAUACUGGUGGCUGAUGGUUAUACGCUUUAUCCAGGGUUUAGGAGAGGGUCCAAUUGUGCCUUGCACGCAUGCACUGCUGGCGAAGUGGAUACCACCGAACGAACGGAGCAGGAUGGGUGCCUUCGUCUAUGCCGGUGCACAAUUCGGCACCGUAGUUUCCAUGCCGUUGAGCGGUCUACUGGCUAAUUGGGACUUAGUAGGCGGUUGGCCAUCUAUUUUCUACGUCUUCGGCGCUAUCGGUAUCAUCUGGUGCAUAGCGUUUCUUAUAUGGGUAUAUGAAGAUCCGGAACAGCAUCCAAGCAUUACAGAGGAUGAGAAGAAAUAUAUACUCAGCGCUCUUUGGGGUAGUGCAGGCAUAUCGUCAUCGCCUCCUGUGCCUUGGAAAUCUAUCGCACUUUCGCUACCAUUCUGGGCUAUAUUGAUGGCGCAUAUGGGCCAGAAUUACGGAUAUGAGACUCUGAUGACGCAGCUUCCGACUUUUAUGAAGCAGAUUCUCAACUUCAGUAUCAAAGAGAAUGGUAUAUUUUCGGCACUUCCCUACUUUGCUAUGUGGAUCUUUUCCAUGUUUAUCUCUCACGUCGCCGAUUGGAUGAUCUCCUCGGGAAAAUUCAAUCACACCGUGACCCGCAAGAUCGUCAACAGUAUAGGACAAUACUCACCGGCUGUGGCAUUAAUUGCUGCUUCAUACACCGGUUGCGAUCCCUGGUUGACGGUGGGCGUCAUUACGUUGGGAGUCGGUCUAAACGGUGCUAUUUACUCUGGCUUUAAAGUAAAUCACCUCGAUAUCUCUCCGAGAUUCGCUGGAAUUUUAAUGUCUUUCACUAAUUGUAUUGCCAAUCUUGCCGGGCUUCUCGCACCAAUCACCGUAGGACAGAUCAUCGAUACGUCGCCAACGCAAGCGAAAUGGAGAAUUGUGUUCAUAAUUUGCGCUGGUAUUUACAUUUUAUGCGCAACAGUCUUCGUAAUUUUCGGCUCUGGUCAGAGACAAGCGUGGGACAAUCCAGAAAAGGACGAUGAGAAGAGCAGAGACGACGAGGACAAGCAAAUAAAAAUCAGUGUAAAAAUUGUAAACGAGACUCAACAUUGACAAGUGAAUAUUUUAUCGAUAAGAUCAGUGGCCAAACGAAGAAAUCGACAAUGACGAUUGAAUCCAUCUGGCCAUUUCUGCCUGCGUACAUUCAUUCCCUCCUUAUUAUUUAAUCAUUCAAAACGAGGGUACAUUAAGACGGUUAAGUUAAUCUCAGAAUUGUAUUUUUCUUUUUUUACCGUAAAGAUACAAAAUUUUUUUCAUGAUAGUAAUCGUCGUAAUUCACAUUGUAAAAGUCUUCAUACUUUUGUAUUGAAAAGUGCAAAAGUUAUGUAUCUAUGAUUGUUAUAUUGUAGUAUGUGUGUUUAAUGUGAGAGACGAUUUAUACAUGUGUGAAAGAGAGAGAAAGAGAGGGAGAGAAAUGAGCGAAAGGAAAGGACGAAGGUGAACAUUGCCGUGUCUUUGAGGGAUGUAUACUCAUAAUCGAGUUAUUGUUGUAAGCUUUGAUUUACGCCAUUUGUUACAUUUUAUAAUUUAUCAAUUUUUACAUACUUUCGGGUAUUAUGUAGAAUUAAUAAAUCGCACCCUAAGAACUGGCAUAUUAGAGAAACGAUGGGAGAGAUGAUUCUCAAAAAGAUAAAAAGAGCGAAAACUAUUGCUUGCAGAUAAGCGAAUUUUCAUAAAUUUGCCGGAAAUGUUAUGACAAACGAAUCAUCAAUGCAGAUAUGACUUUGAGAAAAUCACUGAAAUGUUAUUCACAAAAUUCUUUUUUAAUCAUUUUUUAGAGACAAUUUGCAAGAUAACGUACGUCAAUAUUCGAAUGAAAUCUAGGUUGCGCUAGAUACAUAACGCAGAGCAAAACACAAACAUCAGUUUAGACUCUUUUUAAGCGCGAUGUAAAACUUAUUAUUUGCGAUAUACGAUAUUAUUCGCCAACGCUUCGAUAAAACAUGUCAUUGUCUAUUCCGAUACAUAUGAUGAUUAUAAAGUGAGCACUCCGUUCGGACAAUUCUUUAUUCAUUAUCGAAUUUCAUUAUCGAAUGAAACUCAUCGAUCUCGGUUUUCCAUAUUGUAAUAGCACAUUGACCAUUUUGCUUUUAUGUAAUGAGAUGUAUAUGCGUUAUAAGAUUCAUAUGAUAGAUUGAGUAGAUUUACCGUAAACAUGUGUGGGAAAGAUUUGUCGUAGUGUUUCCCGAUGCUUAUCUUCAGGUUAGAUUUUAUGUUUGUAAAUUGACAAACUUAUGGCAGCAGUAUUAGAACAACAAUCCUCAUCGUUCAUCCCUCUUUAUUACGUCACAUUUUAUUGCAACUGCCAUUUUGUAUUGUGGCCUGGAUGAAAGGGUUGAAAGUAAUAUUUCUUGUUUUGCAAACAACAUUUGAAAAUUGCGAACUUUUUACCCUUAAUUUUGGUCGCGAACAGCACAGUGUUGUACAAUACAACAAUGGUAUUUAUACAUAUUGUAGAUAUUUACGCGUAGGAGUCCUAUUAAGUUAUAGAUUAGAUGAGUUAUGCUUGUAGUUAUUUAUACACAACGUUCGCGAAGGACGAGAAAAUAUUAUUACCUCGAUUGUACUAAAAUAGAAAUCAACGUAAUCAAACGUAAAGGUUUUGUACUUGUAAAGUAGAAUGCAUUUUUUUGCAAUCGAUAAGUCUCUCUUUUUCUUAAGCGACAUAACUAAUUUGACAAUUGUGAUGUUUUUUUUUUUGUAUACUUUGGAUAUGGUCGUUAUUUGUCGUACAUUUAUUACUCCCUUUAAAUUUAUAAUACCACAGGACGAAUUCAAUCCCUUUAAAUAUAUGUCAAAAAAUUUUCUAAAAUCGAAAUAUUCAUAUCUUCUUUUUAUUGCUAUUUAUUGUUUUUUUUUCUGUUAAAACUAGCAUCAGACUAUGCAAUUUUUCGUGCAACUUAUUGUAGCGACUUAAUCGCUGCAACUAGUAAGUUGUAGCAAUUAUUUUUGUAAUUUAUCACACUACAUGCAACUGAAGUAACAUUUCCAACAAGUUUUAGAUGUAAACUAAACUAUUAUCAACUAUAGAAUAAAAUAUUACAAUUAUGUUGGUAUGAGACAUAAAAUACUGUUGUUUUUCUAAAACACAUAAGAUACGAAUAAGAAAGCAAAAAUAUUACUACAAUUGCAUGCAAUUAAUUGCUACAAUAAAACAAUAAAAAUCUAAAUUUUGUACAAUUAUUACAAUCAAAUUACUUCUAAAAAUUGCGUAGUACUCUCUAAAUUUCUUGGAGUGAAAUUUUACUUUUCGAAAAAGUGAAAUCGGGACGUCUUAAAGACGUCAUUUUUUACAUCUUUUUGACACGAUGUCUACGUCUUUAAGACGUCUUAUGUCCCGACAUAAGACAUCUUAAAGAUUUUAGACAUGCGUGCUAUCUGGGAUUUUGUUAAUGUUUUCGAUAGAAAUUAAUUACUUUCAUUAUUCCGAACUACGUACAAAAUAUAUUAACUUCUCCUGGUUCUGACGCUACCAACGAGAAGGCGAUUUCACUUUAAGUUGGAGUGAAGUUUGGAGCGCUAACUCCACGUGGAGUGAACUGGUCAGUAACUCCAUGAUUCGAGUGAAAAUUUAAUUCCAAAAAAUUUAGAGAGUAUGAUAAUGAAAAAGUUGUGGCAAUUUAUCACGGCAUUCGAAUUGCAACAAAUUGUAUAGUCUGUUACAUGGGCUUAACAAAGAAAUAGUUGUUAUACUUGAGAAUAUUUAGCGUGGUUUAAUUCUAAUUGUUAAUGUUAUCUCUUGUUUCACAGUUUUUAAGUUUCGAAAGAAAGAAGCUCGCAUAUGAGAUUUCUUUGCUUGUAAAGACGAGUCUAAAACGAUAGAAUUGUUUAAAAACUGAGAGAAUAAUUAAAUAUUUGUAAAAAAAAUACAUUAUCUGGGUUCUUUAUCUUUCUUAUAAAAUUAUUUUGCUUAGACUUUGUAUAAAAAUUUUUUAUUUUAGCAGCAUAUAUUAAUUACGAAUAGAGGGGAUGAAAAUUGAGUGUAAAUGUCCUGUGAUCGUGUACCUAAAAGUGCCUUCAACAACUAGCGUUUCUUUUCAUACUGUAUUGUUAAUUCUCGCGCAACUUUAAGCAGAAAAAUGCCAAAGUGUUUAUGAAUAUUCGAAAUUGUUACAAGUUUGUUGAUUUUCAAAUAUGUGUAUACAUGAAAGAUAUUUAAAAAUUCUUUUACUGUACUUCUGAUAUAGUGUAACGCGGGUAAUUAAUAAUUAUGAUUGUCAAUUGAUUUGGAAACAUACAAUAAGAAAGUUACCAAACGGUAGAUGAUGAAAUGAUUCAAUGCAAAAUUUUACAAACCCAUAUUUUUAUACAAAUACAUAUUUAUACAUAAUGUACAUAGGACGAUACACGAUCUUUUUGCGAUGUUACAAUGUUAAAUAUAUUUUUAUUGUUGGGAUUGUAAAAUACAUGUGAUAAUAGAAUUGCAUAAAUAAAACACCAUCUAAUAACCGUAA